CCUAAAAACACUUUUACGAGAUCUUGGAGGAAGAUUCGUACACAGAAGAACGCCGGGCUUGGAGCUGCAGCCAGGACAGAGAGAAACAGGGACACAACAGCCUACAGAGGACGCCAGGACCAGGAACAUGAAGAGGAAGGCCAGUCCGGACCGGGGCAACCCGAAGAGGAGGAGGAUCUCUGAAUCCGACCCCAGAAAACCUGAGGAGGUAGUCCCAGAUGCGGUCAAGGCACCGCUGAAUAGGAAGAGGAGACUGCUGAGAGAUGACCUCAACGACCCGAUGGAGGGCAGCAGCAGCGAUGUGGGCCAGAGGCCCAAGAAGGUCGCCAGGAGGAGGAUUCCCAGAGAAGCCAAGGAGCUAAAUGGGAACGCCGGCACAGAUGGCGAGAAACUGGGCAGGAAGAGGAAGCGGAAGGCUGCCGAGGAUGCCGACGAACCGAGCCAGAAGAGGCAGAGGAGCGAGGAGGAGCCCAGAGAGGUUUCCAUCAGACUGAUGCUGACUGCAAGAGCUCAAUUUAGUUCCAAAUACAAGCAGCAGAAACUUCUGGGCGAAGGAGGCUUUGGAUCUGUGUUUGCUGGCUAUCGCACAUCAGACAAACUGCCAGUAGCCAUCAAACACGUCAAGAAAGACAAAGUGGUGUGCGAACACAUGGACGACAACGGGAACCGGGUCUCCGUGGAGGUUGCCGCGAUGCUAAAGCUCGCCGAUGCAACAAAUGGACCAGUGGGGACGUCGGCCACUGUAUCCCUGCUGGACUGGUACGAUCUGGACCACGAGCUUAUCCUGGUGAUGGAGAGACCGGUCCCCUGCAUGGACCUCCAGGACUACGUUGCCAGAAAAGGAGGCAGACUGCAGGAGGAGGAGGCCAAGACCAUCAUGAAACAACUGGUUGAUGCAGUGCUGGAACUUCAGGAGAACCACAUCUUUCAUCGGGACAUCAAGACAGAAAAUCUCCUGAUUGAGACAGGCUCCGAUGUGCCACGAGUUCGUCUCAUCGACUUCGGAGUAAGCUGUUUCGCCAAGAAAGGCUCUUCUUACCAAGACUUCUGUGGAACCCCAGUUCACACACCCCCAGAGUGGUAUGUCCGGUACCGGUACACGCCCUGGCCCACCACGGCGUGGCAAUUGGGAGUGGUUCUGUUCGAAAUACUCCACAGUAAGGACUUUGAGACCAGGAAGUACGUCAAAUGUAAGGUGAAUAUCAGCAAGAGUCUUUCAAAGGACUGCCAGGAUUUCUUAGAGGGGUGUUUGGCCAUCAACCCCAAGGAUCGCACCACCCUGCAGCAGCUUCAGAACCACAGAUGGCUCAGAUAAACACACACACACACACACACAUUUUUAUGCCUCCUUUCCACACAGCCAUGUCACGUGGGGUUGUCUCCGGGUACUCCGGGUUCCCAGCUCAUAAUCAU